AUGAAGCUCAUGUUAAAAGCGGUUUUUGUCCUCGAGUAAAGGCAGAUAAUGCUCCGACGGCCGCCUCGCUUCACGAGCAGCAGCAGGACGGAGGAUGAGACGCCGGACUCGGGUGCGGAGACCGCGGGAUCUGACUGCAGUAAAAUGUCCUGCAGUAGCACUGACCUCUCGGCUGUCCCGGGUCAGGAGCUCCUUCUGCUCACCAUGCACCUGCUCACCAACCCCGGCACCUCGCUGCUCCUCCAGCACACUCUGGACCGCCUGCUGAAGUGGGUCCGUCCCGGCCUGCGCCUCUUCCACGUGUCUGAGCGGGCCUGUCCUCUUCAUGACUACACCAGAGCUAACCAGUGCACCUCAGCUGGCCACCCCUCACAUGCCGUCACCAUAUUCUUACAUGAGUCUUACGGCGAGGAGCGCAUUCUCAGAGUACUGGACUUCCUGCAGUGUCCACCCUGGCAGUAUCAACAUACAGAGAGCUGCGGUGUCAGAGAGGCCGGCGUUCACGUGAGCUCCCCAUCCAGCACAGAACUGAAGCCUUAUCUCCUGCCCAGCCGGGACUUCUACAGCCUGGGUGCAGGGAUGCCGGUGUGGGGUGUGCGGCCGGUACACUACGGAGAAGAGGUUGUGCGGGUGACUUUGCACAGCACCUAUGAUAACUUUGAGGACACUGUGCGUUUAUAUGAGACUGUGCUACAGAGGAGGGCAGAAGAGCAGAAGACGGGCUUUUGCUGGUUCACACUGCUCACAGAAGCAGGCUUCAGCCUACAGCUGGCCAUCAAGCAGGUCUCCCCUGGGGUGCGAGUGGAGCCGUGUUACUCCAUGGUGCUGCAGUUCAGGGUGGGGGAGAUCGGACAGCUCGUGCCCUUACUGCCCAACACCUGUUCGCCCAUCAGCGCCAGCCGAUGGCACACCGAAGACCUGGAUGGCAACAAGAUCCUCUUUCAGGUUAAAGCUCCAGCACAAGCCCAAGGCUUCCUGAGGUCUGCGUUUCAUCUGAGCUGUCCCAGGAUGCUCCUGAGGAGCUGUGCAGCUGGCAGACCUCCUUCCACCUCUCCCUGCAGGAGGAAGUCCCAUCUGAAGGAGCACGUUGAGGACCGCUGUGCCCACAGUAUGAGGUCAGGCACAUGUGGCAGGGAGUGUGCUGGGUCAGAUAGCACCCGAAGCUCUCCUCCAGGAAGCUCCUGUUACUCGUCCCAGCGCAGCAGCCCCGCAGGCCUGUCGAUGAACUGGUACGAGCCCAUGAUAACCUCAGAAACCUCCCUAUCCCACCUCCGGCUGGAAGAGGAAGAGCCAGAGAUGAAUGUGGACACAGGUUGUGCUGUGAAGCCGCAGGCUGCUUUAGGAGUGUCUGCUCUGCUGACUCUGUCUAGAGACCUGAAACACGUCCUGGAUGAGCCUCGGUGGACCACUGAUGAAAACACAAGGAGCGUCAUAGCAGAGACACAAGCUUCACAAUGUCACAGUCAACAUCAACAUGCACAAGUAGAUGAGUUCUUCAUCUGAAUGUUACCAUUAACUCAUUUCUUUGGAAAAGCAGCAAACAUUUACAUGAAUGCAUUUGCCAAAGCCACUUAGAGUGCAUUCACAUUGUAUAAAUUCAUGCAUCACCCGAAAAUAAAUAGCAAUACUGUCACUUUCACAUAUGAUCAUCCACUCGCAUCGUUGCUUACAUAAUCUUAACAAAUUACAUAAAUAUAAUUCUUUAUUUGCAUUUUAUCUUUUCUAUAGGAUUUAUAGUGGCAUUCAAAAGAGAAUGAAAAUGCUUCUAUUUUGCAUAUUAGUACAGAUUUUUCAAUGCAAAUUACAUGAUCAUCAUAACGUCAAACAGAGAUUUACUAACAAAUUUAAGAACAGAUCAUCCUGGUGGGAAGGGAUCUUGGUUAACUACACAGUAAAACCCCCAGUGUUAAAUUAACACUCCCAGUGUUUAUAUACUCCACACUCAGAAUUUUAAAGUAACAUAAGCAGUGUUAAAGUUAAUGAGAUAAUUAGUUUAGUAAUUGAGUGAUGAUUGAGCAUUAUUGAAGAACAAUUGUUGUUAACAAACUGAAUCACUGAAACAGAGAAACAAGAACAGAAACAAAUAUGAGCAGAUAUACAAGAACUACUACUGACUUUAGCCACAGCCAUAGAUGAAAUCAACAUAUGAUAAAAGAAGACAUUAAAUCUCUCCAGAGCUCAGCAGAGGAUGAUUAAACAACUCCACAAACAACAUCACCAGCUUCACACAUUACUAACAAGAUUGACUUUAGAUUGUGAUGUUUUAGUUUUGUUAUAAAGUUACCAUUAUCGAGAUCAGUUUUCGUUUAAUUUGAGCUCUUGACACUUGACUUUAAACACUGGAAUUAAAAGAAAAGACCUAGAAAAAAAAUAGGUGUUGUCUAUGGAUCAGUAAAGACUUUUUCAGCAUAAAAUUACUUGUAUAACUGACAGCCUUGAGAUUAAUCUGAAAAACUCUUGCAACUUAUUCUGAACUAAGAUUUCAGUUUUCUUUAUUAAACAGACUUCAAGAAUCAGCAUAUGAAUCUCAACAAUGGUGAUGAUCAACAUACAGCUCCAUGUUUUAGUGCAUUUUGGGAGCACCAAUCAAAACUCAUCCAUGGCUCCCAGCAUACUGCAUGAAUAAAUUAUACACCUGAACUGUCUUGGUUUUUAAUUCUUACUAUUUGCUUUUGUUUUGCAAUUUUUGUUGUUACUUUUACUAGCAUUUAUGUGACGUUCACAGAUUAUCUUUUUUUUUUACUGAAUAUGUUGAUUGUCACCAUUGUUGAGAUUUACUCAUUGAUAAUUGAAGUGUGUACGAUAAUGCAGUUUAAAAUGUUUCAGUCCAAUUUAUUUUUACUAGUCUUUCAAAUGAAUCAUAUAAUUAUUGGGUCAAGCUUUGUAUUUCAGGUGAUUAACCAAAUCAAGC